AUGGAGUUGACGUUCAAAAUUGUAAAACCGAGUUUUUAUCUGUCCAUGGCCUUCAAAACUCCAGUAAGCGAUAGAAAUUUAUUGCUCGGCAAAUUUCCGAAGGCAGAACAACUCCAAAGAGGGAUGGCAGAGGCAAACACCAAAACAGGCCCAACAGAACCUCUGCAGAAAGAGUUCAGUCUGUUCAUGACCACAUUCAAGCCAUUCCAAAAUAUGUGA